AUGAUAUUUGGAGGCCUUUCGCAUCGUAUGAUAUACAACAGUUAUCCGAAAUUUCUUCAUGCCUCUAAAUAUUCACAAAACUUGAUUUUAUAUUUAACAACAGUACAUAAUGUUCUAGGGGUGGGCAAAAAACCCGGUCAAACUGCAAAACCGAACCGAAACUGUAAAAUCAAACCAGAAAAUAUGGUUAACCGGUUCAAGAGUUUAGGUUUAGGAGCUACGUGGCAUGCAGCCACUGAUGAUGUCCAUUUUCACGGACACAAUCGAGUACGGCCAUCAUUUUUAUUUUCUUGCUACUCUGAUCUGAUGAUCUCGCUAGGCCGUCAAAUGACGGCCUAUGCCGCCGUUACAGCUAGGCCAACCGCAUACCGGCAACUCUUCACCACCUCCGGUGCAGCUCAACCGCAGCUAGACCUCGACUACUACAGCGAUUGCAAUGACAGCAACAGCAGUUAUCCAAUGGCUGAAACGGAAAGUUCGGUUCCAAGAAGAGGAGUACAGUGGGCGUUUAUUGGAUAUCCACGUGUCAAGAGACGCGUGUACGUCGAGACACUCUCGAAGCUUCUAGAAGUUCCGUACAUUUCCAUGGCUACUCUUGUUCGUCAAGAGCUUAACCCUGGUACCUCACUCUACAAACAAAUUGCAAAUGCUGUGAACAGAGGGCAAAUUGUUCCGGAGGAUAUAAUAUUUGGUUUGCUUUCAAAGAGAUUGGAAGAUGGAUAUUACAGAGGUGAAACUGGUUUUAUUCUCGAUGGAAUUCCUCGUUCCCGAUUACAAGCUGAGGUUCUUGAUGAACUUGUAGAGAUUGAUUUGGUUGUGAAUGUCAAAUGCACUGAUGAUUUCUUGAUACAGCACCAAGAAGAAGCUGCCUGGAAAAGCAAGCUCCAAGCCUAUGUUGAACAGAGCAAGCCACUAGAAGAUUAUUACAGGAAACAGAAAAAGCUUCUUGAUUUUCAAGUAGGCAAUGCACCUGGAGAGACAUGGCAGAGGCUUUUAGCUGCAUUACAGUUGCAACAUGUAGAUGCUCUUUAUUGCUCAAACAAACUCACCGGUGGAUCAUAUACAUUGCUUUAACAUUCCGUAUUCGGACGAUAGUACAGUACAGUUAUCAAAUGUUAAUAUUUGCUAAUAGUAACAAACUCAGAUGAUAACAGUUUUCUCUUCACUAAUAUCUAUGAUUAGAAUAAAUACAGAAUGCUAAGUUUCUAAAUAGAAUAUCCCUUUUGUGGAUCUGCUAA